GCCACAAUUUUUCCUAUGGAAACAAACCAAACUCAACCAACCAUACGAUCCUUAGCCUCUCCGGAGCUGUUUUGUACUGUUCUUUCUGGAAUCUCCAGAUGCUACAUACAGUUUGAGGUCAGUGAAAAUUCAUGGUGGUCCUAAGCCUGCAAGUUGCCCAGUUUAGGCCUCCUCUGCAUUUCACAUUGCCUAGACGACCAAGCUCCGGCAAUGUCAUCCGGUGUGGGAUUGCGGAGCCAUCCGGAGAGCCUGCUCCUUUAGGACAGAAAACACUGUACAAUGAUGGGUUUUUUGAGAAGGUGUUCAUGACACUGUUUGCUCGGAAGAUGGAGAAGUUUGCAGCUCCGGCAAGAGAUGUGACAGAGACUAAGAAGAAGGGAUGGUUGGAAUAUGACUACGAGAGUUUUGUGGACGUGUCCAAGAGAGUGAUGCAGGGAAGGUCUCGCAUUCAGCAGCAGCAAGUUGUUCGUGAGGUUCUCUUGUCUAUGCUCCCUCCAGGUGCGCCUGCUCAGUUCAGGAAACUAUUUCCUCCAACAAAGUGGGCUGAAGAGUUCAAUGCUGCAUUGACAGUGCCCUUCUUCCACUGGUUAGUUGGGCCUUCUGAGGUUGUAGAGGUUGAGGUAAAUGGGGAGAAGCAAAGGAGUGGAGUUCAUAUAAAGAAGUGCAGGUAUCUGGAGAACAGCGGGUGCGUAGGAAUGUGCGUAAAUAUGUGCAAGAUUCCUACACAAGAUUUCUUCACCAAUGAAUUUGGGCUUCCAUUAACCAUGAUCCCAAAUUUUGAAGAUAUGAGUUGUGAGAUGGUGUAUGGCCAAGUUCCACCCCCACUUAAAGAGGAUCCAGUGUCCAAACAGCCUUGUUUUGCAGAUAUUUGCUCCAUGGCAAAUCCCAGCUCCAGUGUUUGUCCUAAACUACAAGCUUGAGAAGAGCUUCCAUUUCAUAUCAAAUUGUUAUACAAAAAAUUAGCUUAUUUCAUGUAUACAGCUAAAAUCCAUUUGGCAUGCCCCUUUCUCCUGCUUAACAGAGAUAUAUGACUUUAAAGAAUGUGAAAGUUAGGCAAUGCCACUAUUUUUGUUUGUAAAUCUUAAAAAAGAGACUGAUAUUUCACCCUUUUUCAUAUCUCAUUUUGGAGAAUUACAGAGAACAAUUCUAAAA